CGAUGACGGAGGCUGCUCUGGCAAAGCCGAUGUGCAUGCAAAUCGGCGCUCUGCAGCCGCCUCGCCGGUGCCUGGGCGAGCCCCGCCUGCCCUGCUCCUCCCCCUCGCUUCGUCCUUCGUUGGCUUCUGCUGCGGGCAUCUCGCCUGGCCAUGAUCGUUGUCGUCGUUGCCGUCGUCGCCACCAUCCUCAAGCUCUCCUGCACCAAGAAUGUCCCUCACCGGCUGGACCUAUGCUGGCUGUUACUCAAGCAUGUGGUGGACCCGCACCCCACUCGAUACCUCGCAGUACUCAAUCUCGAUCGAGGGCUGCAUCAGCCAGUGUGCCUCGUCCAACCCGGGCUAUGUCGCUGUCGGCUGGGCCUAUGCCUCUGGGACGCAAAACUGCAAUACCCUGAUGUGUUCGUGUCUGCCCAAUCUGUCGCAAAGCACCAAGUGGGCGGCUUCCUCCUGCAACCAGUUCUGCUCCGGCAAUGAGCUGUGUGGGUCCUGUCUCGAGGGCACGGCCGGCAACAAUCCUUGGUCGGUCUACCAGAUUAUCGGCGGCAUCAGUCCACCACCUCCCCCUCCGCCGCCUCCACCUCCUUCUCCUCCCUCUCCUCCGCCUCCUCCUCCACCACCACCGCCGCCCCCUGCUCCUCCAGCAUCCAACGGUCCGCCGCCGGUCUCGGCGACUCAGAACACCAACAAUGCUCCUUCUCCCACCUCAGCCUCUGCAUCGGGCUCAGUCACCAAUGUCCCAAGCAUCACCGCCGGUCCAGCAACGUCCGGCACAGUCUCGCCGAACAUGACCGUCGUCACUGUUGUCAUCUCUGGCUCGCCCGUGUUCAUCACCACCCUCCUGCCCAAUCCAACAUCAGGACCAGUCGCUCCAAGCACCUCUGGGACAGGGCCAAACACAGUGAUCAUUGUCCUCGCUGUCGCCAUACCGUGCGUCUUGAUCAUUGGCAUCCUGCUUGCCGUCCUGGUGUACAAGUCAAGGAAGGGCCGUCUGACAAAGGCAGGGGCAUCUGGGAGCAUCGGCGGCACUGGCCGAUUCGGCGAACGCAAUCCGCAGCUGCGGGGCCAGUACCAGCCCGACGACGUCGAAGUUCUCCCCUUGACCGAUAUCCCGUGGCCAUCGUCGACCGUGAGCACCUCUGGCGCACGGCUGUCCGAGAGCUCCAACGGCCCGGGCCUGGCAACGCCGAUAGUGCCCGCCUCCAGUUCGGCUCUGCCCUCAACGAACUAUUCGGUUCGCACCAUGUCACCGCCACCGCAGUAUGAGCAUAUCACCAGCGCAGCCUUGGCAGCCACAGGAAGCGACACCACCGGCGAAUCGAAUCCGCAGCGCGAGCUCUUCGUCGUCAGCGUGCCCUACCGGGCAAUGGAGGAGGACGAAAUGACAAUGGAGCUCGGAAAUGUGAUUGAAAUCACCGAGAGCUUCCCGGACGGCUGGGCAGCCGGCGUCAACAAGAGCACAGGCAAAACAGGCAUCUUUCCCCUCAACCGGAUCGUCUCGGUCGCGCCCGAGUCCAAACUCUAUGAAGCCAUGGGGGAUUCUCGCCUUGCAUCAUAAGUUGUCCCGAUGGAUUGUACCUUCAACCAUGUCUAUCGCAUUGCCGAGGCGCUACCACAUCUUUAGGAACAAACAGAGAUUCGGAAUCGUGGAGACACC